AUGAGAUGGGGAGCUAUUAAUAUCAAUGGGGGCUUCUCUGGGAAGAAGGUAGAGCUGGCAGAGGCUGCAAGUAAGAUGGGGUUGUACAUUUUAGCUGUUAGUGACAUUCGGGUAAGGGGUGAGAAAGAAGAGGAAGUGGGAGAAUACAAGGUCUACCUGUCAGGAGUCAAAGCAGGAAUAGCACAAUGGGGCGUAGUGCUUAACAUCAGGAAAGAAAUGGAACCCAGCGUAGUUGCAAUAAAGUAUGUAAACGAACGACUGAUGUGGAUAGAUUUGACAGUGUCUAGCAAGAAAAUUAGGAUUGUGUCAGUAUAUUCGCAUUGUGAUGGGACAGAUCAAGAAAAGAUGGAUAGUUUUUAUGACACACUCAGUGAUGUAGUUGUUAGAGUAAAGGACAAGGACAGUGUUCUGCUCAUGGGCGAUUUUAAUGCCAGGAUUGGAAAUUGA